CGCGGACAAAGGACAGUCGUCUGCUGCUCUCUGCUGACUGCAUAGGACAUAUUGUUUGCAGGCUCUGGUCCACAGCAGGUCACAAUGCGAGGACUUUAUCCUAUUUUACUCUUUGUCAUCUUUGUUCGCUGCCUCGAGGCCAAGAAGAUACGAUGGUGCACCGUGUCCUCUCCUGAGCAUAGGAAGUGUGCAGAGCUGGCUAAAGCUCUGGUGGCGGUUCUGCCACCAGCGGCCGUGGCAGCUUUUGCCAGACUCUCAUGCAUACGGGCGUCCAGCACAACCGACUGCAUGAACAGAAUCAAGGCUAACCGUGCUGAUAUAGUGACUUUAGAUGCAGGAGAAGUUUACUCUGCAGUGAAGCAGUUUGACCUUGUUGCCAUUGCUAAAGAGAUUUACAGUGACGGAGGCUGUGUUCUGUCCGUAGCUGUUGUGACAAACAGCAGCUUGGAUAUCCGAUCCCUGCGGGGCCUCAGGAGCUGUCACAGCGGGGUUCGGUGGACGGCUGGAUGGAGCCUUCCUCUAGGCUUCUUGCUGUCUAGGAACUACCUGAGCUGGUCUAAAGAGCACCCCUUAAGUCACGAUGUCAGUGCCUUUUACAGCGCCAGUUGUGUCCCUGGAGCUGCUGCCUUGGCACCUUCUCUGUGCACUCUGUGCCAAGGCCAGAAGUCUUACAUUCAGCAGAAUAAUUACCACUGCGAGACGUCUCACAGCGAGCCCUUCUACAACAACCAGGGAGCCCUCAGAUGUCUUCGGAGCGGGACAGGUGAUGUUGCAUUUGUGGACCAUUUAGCUCUGGAAAGUAUAGAAGGAAGUGAGCGAGGCAAUUUCAGGUUACUGUGCGCUGAUGGCACACAAGCUCCUCUCAGCAAGUACAGGAGCUGUAAUCUGGGUCGUGGUCCAGGAGGGGGCAUGGUCACCAGACACAAUUUUCGCAAGGUUGCUCGCAAGUUUCUUAUGACUGCGCAGUUGUUGUUUGGUCGACAAGGAAGAGAGAGGCGACGCUUCCAACUCUUCGACUCAUCCGUUUUUGGAGAGAGCGACCUCCUCUUUAAAGAUGGGACAGCUAAACUAGCUGUUCUGCCAGAUGACAUGGACGUCAGCCAGGUUCUGGGGCUCGAUUAUGUGGCGCUCCUCAAAGGUCUUGGUCAUGAAGGAAGCUCCCUGGAGGACAGUGUCGUACGAUGGUGCUGCAUAAGCCAUGCUGAGCAGAAGAAGUGUGAGCAGUGGGCCCUCAGCAUAAAGUCAGACCCUCUGGUGUGUGUCAAAGGGGUGUCGAUGCGAGACUGUAUUGAGAAAAUUAAGAGGGAUGAGGUGGACGCGCUCUCGCUGGAUGCAAGUCACUCAUACAUUGCAGGAAAAUGUGGUCUCGUCCCCGUGGUGACAGAGUAUUAUGGGAAAAACUGUGUUCAUGCUGAAGGGUUGGCACACUCAGAAACAGACGUCUUACCCUCAGUGGUGGGUGUUGCAGUAGCAAAGCACUCCAGCAGAAGCGUAUUCAUAGGGAACCUGGAAGGCCGUCGCUCCUGUCACGGCCACAUGUACAGCCCAGCCGGCUGGUUGCUGCCAUACAGACACAGAUUAAGCCUGGACCGCAACAGCAGCUCCCCCUGUGAUCCAAACAAAGUGUACAACGAGGUGUUUUGGAAAGGCUGUCUUCCUGGCUCUCAAGGGGAUUUGUGCAAAGUGUGUCUGGGAGGCACGGGAGAGGCUGCAACCAAACGCUGCACCGACAACCACAACGAGCGUUACUAUGGAAACAUGGGCGCCUUGAGGUGUCUUGUUGGGGAUCCAACUGGGAAGAGUUACGGUGAUGUGGCCUUCCUUGAGCACCACAACCUCAACGAAAACAUCCUUAGUUUGAAUUCCACCGGCUGGGCAACAGGUUGGGCAUCGUCUGAUUUUGAGCUGUUGUGCGGCGACGGACGGCGUGCUGCCUUAUCGGAGUGGAAAAGUUGUAAUUUGGGAGCUGUCCCACCGAAUACCAUCAUGACCCGGCCGGUGCUCACUGCAAGAGUGUAUGACUUCCUCAUGAAGUCACAGGAAGCUUUGGCAAACAAUGCAAACACAGAGUUCAAGCUCUUUGAAUCUCAUCAAUAUGGAGAAAGCGAUCUGCUGUUUAAAGAUGCCACACAGUGCUUUGCCCAAACAAGUCACAUGGACUACCGCUCCAUCCUCGGAGAGGAGUUUUACACUCACUUGGAAACAGUCUUCAACUGUACGCGCUCAGAUAUCUUGGAGUUUUGUAACCAGGAUGUCUGCAGCAUAUUCUAAUGAAGGGGGAAAAAAAACAAAAAAAAACCCAGCACCAACCUUUUUCCUGCGUUUCUCAAUCAUUCCAUUUUUCAUCCAAAUAUUUGUUCUGUCCAUCGCUGAGGACUUGAAACACUCAAUGGUAUGAUCACAAUCAGGACUGAAGUCCUGAUCUGAAGUCCUUGCUUCUGCUUUCACUUUUGAAACAUCAUGACGUCUCCAUGUGGCAAAGUAAUGUGUUGCACCAUAAAAUUGUGUUUCAGAGAUACAAAUCUCUGUAAGAAAUGAGGAUACUAACAUAUUACACUACUGCUGAUCUAUUUUAAUUAACCUUGAAACAGAGGCCCUCGAUCCUGUAGUUGAAUGUAUGCUUUUUCAAAUGUUUGACACUGAAACUUGUGCAUUAUAUGCAAUGUGUGCAAGUUGUUCAGUCAUGUUCCCAUAUUCCUUCUAGAUCAGGUUUUUUUAUAGACUUUAUAGACCCUUUUGGUGAGUAUAACUUACAUUUUUCAGUGUCAAAGAUAGAAAGAAAAAAGGCUCUUCCCACUUCAUAUAUUUCUAGAAGUGUCAUAAAUAAGGGGAGAUGGAAAACAAAUGGUGUUGAAGUAAUGGAGAGGGAACACAGGCAUAUUUUUCUAAAUCUUACAAACUGUUAAAGGAGUUCAAAUAGUUGAGUAUGAUUAGUUGGUAUUGCGAGAAUAGCUUCUGGUGGUUUAUGCCACUCAAAAGCACAAUGACACGGAAUUAAUUCAUUUUUAAUUAUGUUGGUUGUAAUCCAAAUAAAAUGUU